AUGACAUUCACCCCCAAGACCCCGGCCGCCGAGAUCACGGCUUCCUUCCCAGAAGCCGUGCAGGGCAAGACCAUCCUCAUCACCGGCGUUUCCCCAGGCAGCUUGGGACUCGCAACCGCCGAAGCCUUCGCCUCCCAGUCGCCUGCAAACCUGAUCAUCUCAGGACGAUCCACCGAGAAAGUCCAAGCGGCCAUCACCCACCUCGAAUCAACCUACCCAGCCACCACCUACCACGCCUUAAUCAUGGACUUAUCCUCCCAGAAAUCCGUCCGCGCCGCAGCAUCCCAACUCCUGGCCAACACCUCCAUCCCCACAAUCGACAUCUUGAUCAACAACGCAGGCGUCAUGUCCAUUCCCACCCGAACCCUCACUGAGGACGGACUCGAGACGACCUUUGCAACGAACCACAUCGGCCACUACCUCUUUACCAACCUUAUCCUACCUAAGCUGAUCAAGGCCGCUUCUACCACCACCACCACCACCAAAGCCUCCGACUCUGGUCUUGCCCCUCCAACAAGAAUCAUAAACCUCUCCUCCUUCGGCCACCAAUUCUCCCCCGUCCGCUUCACCGACCUCUCCUUCACCAAACUCCCCAACGAACUACCCGAGUCCGAGCGUCCCGACCUCCAGAAAACAGAGUACCUCACCGGCAACUCUCACGCAGACGAGGCAUACUACGGCUUCUUCUCCUACGGGCAGUCCAAGACCGCCAAUAUCCUGCACGCGAUAUCCCUCAACCAGAAACUACUUGCUAAGUACAACAUCGCUGCGUUUGCCGUACACCCCGGCACUGUCGACACGGGGAUUGGUCGACAUGCGACACCUAGCGAGAUUGAGACGGCUCUGCAGAGGGUGAAGGACUUGGGCAUGGAUCCUACGCCGAAGUCAAGGGAGGUGGGGGCUAAUACGACGGUUCUGGCGGCAGUGGAUCCGCGUUUGAAGGUGGUGGAUGUUGAUAGUGAGGAUGGACAGGUUAAGGGGGGUUAUUUGGCAGAUUGUAAGGUUGAUGAUGGGGGUGCUGUUGCGUUUGCGACUGAUAGGGGAAUUGCGGAGAGGCUUUGGAGUGUGAGUGAGGAGCUUGUGGGGGAGAAGUUUGAUUUUUAG